AUGGACUCACCUCCACCAUUAUUACAAGAAGAAGAAGAAGAAGAAGAAGAUGAAGAAGAGGAGGAAGAAGACGUGAUUAUGUUGAAGCCAAAGAGAAGAUUACAGUUUACACGUCAUUAUCAGGAGAAAAAACAAGAAAAUCGAUUGAGUUUCAUGCGAUUUAGUACAUAUACAAGAAGGUCCAGUCGAUUAUCAAGUAGUUCGACGUCUGAUGAUGGUCUUUGUGACUCGAAAUUAGUUGGUGGAGUACCAGGAACAGGACCAAGAGGAUCAGGAUCAACAGGAUUAACAGGACCCGUAGGAUCAACAGGACGAGUAGGCCCAUUGGAAUCAUGUCUUCAUCAUGAAAAAGCAUUUCAAUUAGUCCGUCAUCGUUCUGAUCCAUUACUAAAUGGUGCAUUCUAUGCAGCUCAAUUACAAGCGGGUAAUUUUGUGAAAAUGGGAUGGCUUAUGAAACAAGGUCAUUUGUGGAAAAGCUGGAAAACACGAUUUUUUGUCUUGUUUUCGGAUGGAACGUUUGCUUACUAUAAGAAUAAAGGACGAAAGAAGAUUAAAGGAUGUAUGCAAUUGAAUGAUGGUGUCGUGUCAGUUCAACAUGUUGACAUUCGCGUGGCUGAGAAAGCCUAUGCGUUUCAGAUUGAAAAAGGAUUUUACAAAUUAUUAUGUUAUUGUUGCAGUCAAUUUGAAGCAGAACUCUGGGUUGCUGCUCUACGGUCCGUACGACGGAUUGCACCACCUUGUUAUGAAAUGGAUUUGACUGCAACGGAAGAAAAAGUAGGCUCGAAUGCUGUUGCAAGACAUUUGAACAAGAUUUUUGUCACGGAUCAACAAAUUGCCAACAGUCUCGUCAAGUUUAAAGAAAACGAACAUGAUCAUUCGUAUGUGGCGAUUCACAAUUUCAUUGUCGAAUUGGACGACGCAAUCAUUGAUCGUCAUCAUUUGGAGCUUUAUCAGGAUUCAGAGAUUGAACUUUUACCUGGUAAUGAACUAGUACGACUUAUUCGACGACAUGUUGAAGACCGCGUGUUUAUUUCAUUGUAUGCUGAAGCAUACGCAAGCUUAGAGACCAAUCGGGUCAAGUCGAGACGCAAAAAAUUGGAACAGAACCUCAAGGUGUUAAAGCAAAAAGCGCAGGCAGAUUUUGGAAUCACAAAGGACUUGUCGGUUUGCAAUUGGAAGCAAGCCAUUAGUGUAGUCAAUUUGCUCGAGUGUGUGUCGCUACCAACACAUAAGUUUGAGGUCAUUCUAUCUGCUGGAAAUGUCAUUACAAACUCGAUAGCCAAACACAACGGUGAGCUUUUUGAAGUAUCAGAUGAUGCGCUUACGGCUAUUUUUCGGUACGUUGUUACAAUGUCAUCGCUCAGUGAUCUACCAAUUCUUCGUGCGUUGCUAAAGCACGGGUAUCAACACCACCCAGCAUGUCAGAACAAGGCGAAUGUCGUGACAGCUUUUCUGAAUGCGAUCAAGUGGGUAGAGUGCUUUGAAAUUGGCGAUGAAAGCUACCGGUUUGAUUCUCUAGGUCUGGCCGGGUCUCGUGUUUCGGUAUCCAUUUCGACCAAUGAUGUUGGCAUUCAGUUCACGACGGACGGUAAUGGCCGAGGAGCCAUUGUAUACAGUGUUCGAAAGAUGUCCCAAGCAGCACUAAGUUCCGCAAUUGUGCCUGGUCUGUCGUUGAUUGCAAUCAACCACGAACCAGUCAUUGGGAUGCCAUUUGACAAGAUCAUUCAGCGCGUGCGAACUGCGUCUCUUCCGAAGCAGCUCACCUUCAUGACAGAGUUCUAUUACUAUCAACUACUUGCGCUGGACUCUGAGUUGUUUCGGUAUCUGAUGUGUAUCGCUGGGCGUCGGGGAGACCUGGACUCGGCUGCAUGGCUGGGAUCGUCUACCAUGGACCUUAACACGCUUUGUUCGUGGGAAAAGUCUCGAGGGAAGCAAAUAUUUGGAUUUAUUCCUAUCUCUGGAAAGGGAUCUCCACUUCAUGCAGCUGUGCACAGCGGGCAGCUUCAAAUGGUUAAUUAUCUUGUUUCAAGAGGAGCUGACGUUAAUUUGUGCAAUUACAAAGGAAGGAGACCACUGCAUGCUGUGAAGCAGUCGGUGAACAUGGCGCUAAUCAUUGAGAAACUCAUUGCUGCUGGAGCUGAUAUUAAUGCAAUGGAGAAACGCGGUUUUACUCCGUUAAUGUUCAUGUGUUCGACAGCAUCACUCGAAGGAUCUGCAACGCUCCUAGCGCUUGGAGCUGACGUGCACUGUGUGGCGUGGUCGAAUGGGUUUUCGGCCCUGGAGUUUGCUGUGAACAGUGGGCGAACCGAGCUAGUGGAGUUAUGCCUAUUGAAGGGAGCGAACCCGAAUGCUCCUACCUUGGACGGAAAUACUAGCUUGCAUUUGGCUGCUGUUCUCCUGCACGCUGAUAUCAUUCGUCUGCUGCUGCAGCGUGGUGCAAAUCCUAAUGUUCAGAACCGAUAUGGUCAGACUCCAGCAACAGUGCUGCUGACAUCCGCUCCUGAUGGAGAUAGUGAUGCUCGAAUCUUGGGCCUUGAAAUGUUAGCAUGCGCUGGGUGCCGCCUCAGCAAACGAAAUCUCUACGGUCGCCACGUUCCUCAUCAAGCAAGUAGCUCACGCAGUUCGCAUGUGAUUGAUCGGCUGCAAAAAGGGGGUUCGUUGAAUCGGUCCAGUAAUGGUGUUAAUGUCGAUAUCUUUGGCUCAUUUGUCGACUACACCCAGAUGAAAAAGGCGAUAGGAUGUCUGGAAUUACCAGCGCCAAGCGAUCUCUGGAAGGUUGCUGGGAAGAACGACUUCAUAUAUCGAUCUAUACACUCAAACUCCGUUGAAGAUAUGGUCCACGAUCUUGUAUCAGGAACAGAAGUGGAUUUAGUGGACUUUGUGGCAUUUGCGCUAUUCCUUGAUAGCUUUUCAAGCAUGAAUGAAGUAGUAGAUCGGCUGAGCAAGCACGUACACAAUGGGAUCAAACGUCACGGACUUAUUCGUCUGAUGAUCAUGGUAUUGCUGUUCAGGGAGUCCGAAGUCAAGGAAUCUGAUGAUCUUCUUGAUCGUUUUUACAAUCUCAUAGGUCAUAAUGUUGACGUCUCGAAGGAAAAAUUGGUGCGUCUGGUGGAAGAAUAUGCCGUUCUUUACCGAGACUACUUUUCACUUCGAGGAGCCGGAAACUAUGCUUUGAGCUACAAACAAAUUCCUGAAACGAUGAUUAAGAUCUACGGGUUAGGCGCUAAACCUGGAUCUAACAAGUCUUUUCAAUUGCAUUUGCACCGAUAUAUUGACGCAGAACGGUGGUCGAAGCAGUGCACGCUUUUGACACAUGCGGUCUUUUGCAAAAUCCCAAUCCAAGAUUUCGUAUCAACAGGUUCGAAGGUUAGACAUUCCGUUGAGUUCAUAACGAUCAAACAUUGGUUUCAGCAUCUAUCUGCCUAUGUUAUUAACGCUGUUUUGGCUCAAAGUACUCCUGAAGAACGCGCUGAAGUGAUUUCGUUCUACCUUAAGGCUGCCGAUUGUUGUAUGUCAUUACGCAACUACGAUACGCUGGCUUCGAUUUUAUAUGCAUUGCAGUCUACAGCAGUGCAGCGCCUUCGGAAGACGAUCAACUGUCUAAGCGUUGACGCAAAGAAGAUGCUGAACGACAUGCAACUGCUUUCGGACAAAGGAUGCCGCGAGAUGAACCGGCUCAUGCGGAAAUUUGGUAAUCCGUGUAUGCCUUACAUCGGGUUGUAUCUUCAGGGUUUUGCGGGGCUGAAUGAAUUGCCUGCUUUUGGUAACGAUGGUCUGGUAAAUGGGAGUCGAUUGCGGCGAAUGGGUGAAUUAGCAAUGGAGAUUUUGCACCGUCAAUCUGCUGCUUACACGCUUCCGAACGACAAGAAGAUUACUGAACUUCUGCACGUUGAAAUGUUGUAUUCUUCAGAAGAGAGUCGGUAUGCUAGAUCCCUGGAGCUAGAGCCACGCGGAGCCGAUGCGAUGCCAUUAAGCGAUCACGGCUCGUGUGUUGUUAUCGACGAUGACCUGGAUCUAGAAAGCGAAGUCCGUGAAUCGAUUGGUGGUGACGGGACAUUUGGGUUUCGUCAGUGGAUUCGGAAGCAGCAAGUGGUUCACCGUAAUCGGUCACGCUCAUCGCUGAUUGCUCUGUAUGAAUGGGUCUAG